AUGGAACAAGACCACCAACCCAUUGAUGCCGAGUCGGCUCUAUAUGAAACGCUACAUGCCAUCCUUGACAGGAUUCAGCAGUCACCCAACACCAAGAAACAGGAUAAAUCGCGUCUAAAUCAACUCAAAGGCAACAAUCUUCUUUCCUUGUUCCAAACACCUGAGAUACUCAUUAGCAGGAUCAAGGAAAAAUGGACAAACGAGCAUACAUAUUACAAUUAUAUCAAAUUGGUGUCAAAAAUAGCACGCAAUGCUACGAGGGCUGAAAAGGCAAUGAUCCUUCAUCUAGCAGAGGAUGCAAUGGACGACCUUGACAGUCAUUUUACAGACACAUUCCACUCUCACUUCAAGAAUGUGACAUUCGAAAGGUUCAAACAGUCAAAAAAUGAAGCAGCAUCCCAAGAGAUGACCCAGGAAGAUAUCGCCAAUUAUGUCCCUUACAGCGAACUCUUAGCAGGAUUGAAAGUCGCUUUGACAUUCAUCAAUGAGGGAAAUAUAGUGGAGCAUCAAUUUCUAAUUGCUCUUGGGAUGAACCUGGAUGCAGAUAAAAUUCGUAGAUGCGAUAUUUUCAAAGCGAUGAUUAGUGAAGACGCUAAUGUUAUGGUGAACAAUGAAGGGAAAACUGUCUUCAUCCGAAAAUGCAAUAAGACUGGUGAAAAGAAUGUCCUCAUUCAGAUGGGAAACACCAUUCAACCAUAUGUUAACAUGUUAGCAAAUGUCAGAAAGGGCAAUGGACAGGAUCGUCUUUUUCUAAAACCUGAUGGAAGUAUUCCAACCGAUGCCUGGUAUAGCGACGAAUUUAGUAAUGCUAUGGAACGAAUGUUUGGAAAGCGUGUAACACAGAAACGCCUUCGAAUUUCAGUGGGGAUGCAUCUUUCUGAAAGGGAUAAUGGAGAUCACGCUUAUCAGAAGGAAAUCGAACGUAGGAUGGGUCAUACCUAUGCUGUUCAUCAGCGCUAUUACAAUCUGUUCAAGUCAUUUGUAGAACAGCCUAGGAAUUAG